AUGACGCACGUGCUCGGUGGACAGGAUGAUCCGCUUACCAAGUUCACCGUGUCAGAACUAAAACCUUACACGAAGUAUGGAUUCAAUAUAUCCGCUGGUACAGUGGUUGGCUUUGGGCCGCCUGCGUUGGUGGUAGUGACAACGCGGGAAACAGGUAAUUUUUUGUUUCUGACUGCUUUCCAAUGUGGUCGCAGCCUCAAGAUCACCUAAAUGCUUAGAUCCCGUGACCCUCCCCCCCCCAAUAGCGACCUUAAGCAUGUAGGAUGGAAACGCGACGGGAAACAAACUCGUUGAACCAAUCGUGUACAGAUGCAGACCUGCAAAAAGUGUUCAAUGUUCCUCGGAUCCUGAAUUUGCCUUUUUCAAAUGUUCUUCAAUUAUAUUGGUUGUAAAAUUGCCGAGGAAACAAAACAAUCUUCAAACUCUAUUAACAGGAUAUGCAUGAAGAACACUUCGCAAUCUCAAGAUAGACUCGAAUGGCAGAUAACUAAAUAUGAUUCCUUAAAAUUUUCUCUUAAGUACGCGUGGAAAAUUCAAAAUGUUCUUCAAUUUUGUACCAAAAAUGCAUCUAAUGACAUCAUAUCUUUGACAGUGAAAAAGUUGAUCAAGAUGAGUUUUUUUACUAUAAAGAUACAUUGCAUUUCUUCUUAGAAUGACCCAAAUAUUACCCAUUCCAAAAAUUAUAUCUGGGGUUAGUCGCACUUUAAGGAUCACUUCACUAAUAUGGAUCAGAGAGCAAGGGUAAUAUACAAUCACUUUCUUAUUUCAGCACCAUCUGGCCCACCGGCAGACAUACAAGUGGCUAACUUCACUCAUAAUGAAAUGAACAUCACGUGGUCGCCCCCAGACCCCUCCAAAAGGAACGGCGUGAUUACUAAGUAUUCACUGUGCAUCAGAAACCAAACCUACGGCUUCUGUCUGCACGAAGAUACGUUUGAAUUUACACAAACGUCGUACACGUUUAGUGGGCUAAGACCGUAUCGUGUGUACAGUGUUACAAUCCGAGCAGCCACUGUCAAAGGAUUUGGCCCCAUAGGAAGCAUUACCCGGAGGACAGCGCAGUCAGGUUUGUAGAUUAUGGCACGAUUUACAUUACACAAUACAUCCUUUCGACUAUAAUUACGUCAUUUGACCUGGGAGCCUCACUCUCAUGAAUCGUGAGCCAAUCACCUUGCGUAAUUUACUAAUGAGAGCGAGGCUCCAACACCUAAAAGUAUGUGUGACGCAAUUAUCGAAAGGGUGCAUUCGCAACAAACCUGCAGCAGACUUGUAGCAAUGCUGUUUCAACAACUUGUCAACAGGAUGUGUUCAUACUGCUUGUUUCCAGCUUGUUGACAGUUCUCAACGGCUUGUUGACAAGUUGCCAUAAAGGUUGUUGCGCUCAACAGAUUUGUUACAAGCUGUUCCAACAACUUGUUAUCGUCCUGCAUUUCAACAAUUUCUCAACAAGUUGUGAGUGACAACCUUGUAGCAACUUGAUAAAAUAACAGCAUUGUUGCAACUUGUUGAGAAGCUUGCUACAAGCCUGUUGCGAACACAUCUUUUUCACAAGUUGUGAGAUUUUUAAAUGUCGCUUAAACUUUAUUAUACCGCUGUUUAAAUCAAUUUCUUCUCUUUAAUUCCAGAGCCAGAUGGCCCACCAAUGGAAAAAAUUGUGAAGUACCUAGACGAGUCGACGAUCAGUUUCUCGUGGACAGAGCCUCACCCAGAAUUACACAAUGGCAUUAUCAUCUACUAUCACGUGUGUAUACGAAAAUAUGGUCCCGAUUUUUCGUGUGCCAGAACGGCACAAAUACCGCGACAGAAUGAGAAAAGUUACGCGUACGGUGGCCUGAGUCCGAGUAGCGAAUAUGUGGUGGUGAUUCGAGCCGCGACUAUCAUAGGACUUGGACCGGCUGCUUUUAUUCAGAAGACCGCAG